UCCGAUUUCCACUAUAUAUAAUGCUAUUCUCCCUGAAACCCUAAUUCUUUCUUCACGCAGUUGGCCACAGCAACAACCAAUUCUCCGGCGGCAAUCAUCCCUGUCCAAGCGGCUAGGCUAAGAUGUCUUUGGUGGCAAACGAAGAAUUUCAGCACAUUUUGCGUGUGCUGAACACUAACGUUGAUGGCAAACAAAAGAUAAUGUUCGCACUCACCUCCAUUAAGGGUAUUGGAAGGCGAUUUGCCAACAUUUGCUGUAAGAAGGCUGAUGUUGACAUGAACAAGAGGGCCGGUGAAUUGAGUGCUGCAGAGUUGGAUAAUUUGAUGACAGUGGUUGCAAACCCACGUCAAUUCAAGAUCCCAGAUUGGUUUUUGAAUAGGAAGAAGGAUUAUAAGGAUGGAAAGUUCUCUCAAGUUGUUUCCAAUUCACUUGACAUGAAGUUGAGGGAUGAUUUGGAGAGACUCAAGAAAAUUAGAAACCACCGUGGUUUGAGGCACUACUGGGGCCUUCGUGUUCGUGGUCAGCAUACCAAGACUACUGGCCGCAGGGGAAAGACUGUUGGUGUCUCAAAGAAGCGUUAAGCUGUUAUGUUUUGGCUUUAAGAUUAGAUGAUUUUGUGGAGGCUUUAUUUAAGCACAAUAGACAUGUUUCUUACAUCAACUUUGUAUGGUUGUUAAAUGUUGUGACAAUUUCAAUUUUGUUUGGAUUGUGUUAAAAGUUUUUGAUUAGUUGAAUGGAUAUUGGUAUUUUUAGA